GUUGCUGUUGUUUGGUUAUUUAGUUUAUAGUUGUUACUUUCAUUACUUAUAAUUAUUUGAAUUUGAAUAGUAUUAAUCUAAUUAGUAUAUUUUUAUUUCAUGGUGAUACAAUUGUAUUAAAUACUUUAAAAGCACUAAAAUGACUUUAGGAAAGUUACCCUCAUCAAAUCUGCCAUGGGUUGAAAAAUAUCGACCAGCUAAGCUUGAUGAUUUGGUCUCUCAUGAGGAAAUUAUUAAAACAAUCAAUAAAUUCAUUGAUGCUGAUCAACUCCCACAUUUAUUAUUCUAUGGUCCUCCUGGUACAGGAAAAACAAGUACCAUUUUGGCAUGCGCAAAACGUCUAUAUACACCUGCACAGUUAAAUUCAAUGGUACUUGAACUAAAUGCUUCUGAUGAUAGAGGUAUUGGGAUAGUUAGAGGACAAAUUUUAAGUUUUGCAUCAACAAGAACUAUUUUCAAAGGUGGAUUUAAGUUGAUUAUUCUUGAUGAAGCAGAUGCAAUGACCAACGAUGCACAAAAUGCACUCAGAAGAAUUGUCGAGAAGUAUACAGAAAAUGUUAGAUUUUGUAUUAUAUGCAACUACCUUAGUAAAAUUAUACCAGCUCUUCAAUCAAGAUGCACUCGGUUUAGGUUUGCACCAUUGGAUAAGAAUCAAAUUGUUCCACGACUGAAUCAAAUUGCUGAGUUAGAAAAAGUUAACAUGACAGAUGAUGGAAGAGAAGCUUUAUUAACACUUUCUGGUGGAGAUAUGCGUAAAGUUUUGAAUAUAUUGCAAAGUACAUCAAUGGCAUUUGAUGUUGUUAAUGAAGAAAAUGUGUAUACAUGUGUGGGUCAUCCAAUACCAAAUGAUAUUUCACAUAUUGUUCGAUGGCUAUUGAAUGAAAAACAUUUUAAGGAAACAUAUAACAAUAUUCAGGAAAUAAAAUCUGCUAAAGGUUUAGCUCUUAAUGAUAUUUUAACUGAAAUCCACCGGUUUAUAAAACGAGUCGAACUGCCGAAUCAGGUGUUGGGUGAAAUUCUAAUAGAUCUGUCUGAAAUAGAAAUGCGUUUGGAAAUGGGUGCAAGUGAAAACGUGCAGCUAUCAGCUCUUAUAUCGACUUUUAUGGUUGCAAGAAAUAAAGUUAUUCCUGAUAAUGAAUAAGUGA